UGCCAGCGACCCAAAACCAGAUGGGACCCUCACCUCUAUUUACCGAUCAUCCAGCCAUACCAAGCACAUGCAUCGACCUUCCAUCUACAUGGCAAAAAGUGAAACAUAUGACGGAGGGAACGUCCCAAACGGAACCCGUUACGACAGCAGAAGCUGCCUGUCAGGUGCUACGAAAGUUGGAUGUUGAUGUCCAAACGGAUCCUGAACCCCACAGAUCGUUUAAGCUGCUGACCAACUACGAUCGUGGGUCCAUGGUAGAUUUUCUAGCAAAGGUUGAAUCAACAGUUUCGGCCCAACUGCUCCAAAACAUCAAGAGUACCGCAUUUGAUGGAUGGUCAGCCCACUGGGAAGACUCUAUCAACACAACAACUCUCCAACAUACCCUUUCACAUUCUCGUCGCGACCCAUCCAUGCUCUGCAGUGAUCUCUCUUGGAAUAAGAACGGGAUUACCAUUGCAGUUGCAUUUGGAAAAUGGGGCCAUGAGAGCUGGUGCAGUCAUAAAGGGAUGUUAUGUACCUGGAGUUUGGCGACCAAGAGUGGGGCGGAUGAGCCGGCUUUCGAAUUGGAGGUUGAGAGCUGCUUGAUGUGCAUAUCUUUCCAUCCAAUGGAUCCAUCACUCAUUGUUGGUGGUACAUUCAAUGGUCAAGUGUUUGUCUGUCGAACCAACGAUACAGAAGAUGACCCGAUCAUAGCGGCGUCCAAGAUGAGCGAUCUAACACAUCAGGAACCCGUUGCAAAGAUUGCUUGGAUACCGGGACCAAAAGUAGAUCAGUAUCAGAUUGUCAGCAUAGGAAACGAUGGUAAAGUCCUAAUCUGGGACCUUGCAAACAAGCUGGCAGCACCGAUAUCCGGAUCACAAUUGCAAAUUGGAAGUAUACCCCGACACCUUCGCACCGGCGGGCCCACAAAACCCGACGCAAUCCUUGGCGGCACAACCAUUUCCUUUCCACCGGAAAACCCUACCAUCUACCUAACCGGAACAGAAGCUGGAUACAUUGCCAAAUGCAGUCGCUCAGUCAGUACGACCAUCCCGCCAAACGCCGUGUCCCUCCCGCGUUUGGCGAACCCGAUACAGUUUGCUUAUACACCACAUACCGGUCCCGUAACAGCAAUGGCUUGCUCGCCGUUUCACCGGAAUUUGUUUUUGAGUUGUGGGAGUGAUGGGUUGGUUAGAAUAUAUAAUGUAUUGGAGACAAAACAACUUUGUACGUUGGAACCAUCACAAAGUUCCAUAUACUGCGCCGAUUGGUCACCUGUGCGGGCUACUGUCUUUGCAUGCACGUCUUCAGAUGGACUUGUCUACAUUUAUGAUCUAGCCCAUAAUCCGACGCUUCCCCACACGACACUCGAAGGAUCCGGAAAGGCAUCGGUAUCUUGCACCAGCCUGGCUUUCAAUGCCAAAAGACCAGAGUAUCUUGCGACGGGGGAUGGAUCUGGUGAGGUUAGAAUAUGGCGAUUAAGUACGCAAUUGGCCAGUAGCAAUGAUCUUUGGCAAAUGAGGAUUGUGGAGACUUUGGGGGGUUUGGAUGAGAGGGAGGGGGUAUUUGGGGGGACAUAAGGUAGCAUCAAAUUGAAAAAAAGAUGGUAUAUAGCGCUCGAGUGGACAUAUCCAAUUGUCUUGACUUUAAUAUUUACAUGCUGACAUCAUGCAGCGCCACGCAAA